UCCCAAAAAACCUUGUGUCUUUUUUUUCAUUUCUUUUUCCAGGCUCCAGAUAAAAGGAAAGCACUAGAAGAGACCAAAGCAUACACAACCCAAUCUCUAGCCAGUGUUGCUUAUCAAAUCAAUGCACUGGCCAACAAUGUACUCCAACUGCUGGACAUCCAAGCAUCCCAGCUACGGAGAAUGGAGUCCUCCAUCAAUCAUAUAUCCCAGACUGUGGACAUCCAUAAAGAGAAAGUGGCUCGCAGGGAGAUAGGUAUUUUGACAACCAAUAAGAAUACAUCAAGAACUCAUAAAAUCAUAGCGCCGGCGAACAUGGAGCGUCCUGUAAGGUAUAUUCGAAAACCUAUAGACUACACAGUGCUGGAUGAUGUGGGCCAUGGUGUAAAGUGGCUAAAAGCCAAGCAUGGAAGUAACCAGCCUGCAAGAACUGGCACCUUGUCAAGAACAAAUCCGCCUACACAAAAACCACCGAGUCCUCCCAUGUCAGGCCGGGGAACUCUGGGACGAAAUACUCCUUACAAAACCCUGGAGCCAGUCAAGCCUCCGACUGUUCCUAAUGAUUACAUGACCAGUCCUGCCAGACUUGGAAGUCAGCACAGUCCAGGAAGAACAGCUUCCUUGAACCAGAGACCAAGAACCCACAGUGGUAGUAGUGGCGGAAGUGGUAGUCGAGAGAAUAGCGGAAGCAGCAGUAUUGGCAUUCCCAUUGCCGUGCCUACACCUUCACCACCAACUAUUGGCCCAGCACACAUUUCUGUUCCUCCUCCUCCUGGAGCCCCGCCAGCACCACCACUGCCACCACCACCUCUCCUGAUGGGCAGUAUGAUAGCUGCUCCUGGUUCAGCUCCUGGUUCCCAGUAUGGCACAAUGACCAGGCAGAUUUCGCGACACAACUCUACCACUUCCUCAGCAUCUUCUGGUGGAUACAGACGGAAUCCCUCUGUGACUGUCCCAUUUUCUGCUCAACCUCAUGUUAAUGGCGGGCCUCUUUAUUCUCAAAACUCAAUCCUUCAUCCCAAGCCUGCCUCACUCCUCUGUACCCUUUACUUGCAAGCAGACUGUGGAGGAGAAAGCAGGCUGAGAGUUGGGCCAGUUCUAGAGAGCAGCAUCCUGCCUGCCCGGGAAGUUUCUAUUGCUCCACCCCCUCCCCCUAUGCCUCAGUUGACUCCACAGAUACCUCUCACAGGCUUCGUGGCCAGGGUGCAGGAAAACAUUGCGGAUAGUCCAACUCCUCCUCCCCCACCACCUCCAGAUGAGAUGCCUAUGUUUGAUGACUCUCCCCCACCCCCACCUCCACCCCCAGUGGAUUAUGAAGAUGAGGAGGCUGCAGUAGUGCAGUACAGUGAUCCAUAUGCAGAUGGGGACCCUGCAUGGGCACCUAAAAACUACAUAGAGAAAGUUGUUGCUAUAUAUGACUAUACAAAGGACAAGGAUGACGAGCUGUCGUUUAUGGAGGGUGCAAUCAUUUAUGUGAUAAAGAAGAAUGAUGAUGGCUGGUAUGAAGGAGUUUGCAAUCGUGUGACUGGCCUGUUCCCUGGGAAUUACGUUGAAUCAAUCAUGCACUAUGCUGAUUAAAAUCCUUUACUUUUCAAGUUGAGUCUUGUAUUCGGUCAUACCAUGAUUAUCUGCAAGGGGUAACUAAAGUUAACAGAAUAAUCUUAAUACACUUUAAGGAAAAAUGUGCCCAUCUCUUCAAGCCAUCCUAUUCUAAUGGUAUGAUUGAAUGUCCAUCUCCAUAAGCAUAAGUCUCUGGAGACAGUUUGUCUGAUCUGAUGGCAGUUUGUAAAACAAGCAACUGUCUAUUACUGGUUAUACUUAUUUACUUAUGCAUUGUUAAUUUUAUGACCAGCCUAAAUAUUUGGGGGAAGUAGGGCAUAAUAUUUAAUGAACCAUGAUACAGAUUGUGCCAUUACAUUUUUCAGUGCAGCAUGGUAACUAACACUAAGUUAGACUAACAUAUUAAAAAUCUGGAUGAAAAGUUUAAUGUUAGUGCUGGUCAUAUUACUUUUUGUUUAGACUCUUGCUCAUUCUUGAACUAUACUGUUUGUUUAAAGCAUGCAUACAGACUUAUGUAUUGAAAUGAUACUUUAAAAAAAAUCCAAGAUGCUUCCAAUCUGUUGUAAUCUUUACUUGGAGUACUCUCACUAAAAGUUUAUUGCAAUGAAUUGUUUGAGUCUCUAAGGUGUCCAUGUGAAUCAAAAAUGGGUGGUCUUCUGUAUGUGUAAUUUGUACUCACGUUUUUUUAAAUGAGUAAAUUUGCAUUAUGACUUUUCCAUUCAUAAAUAUAUAAGUGAACCAAAGGUCUCGUCCAUUACUUUGUUGGUUUGCUUGGCAAAGUGAUCUGAAAUGCUAAUUUAACAAAAAUAUGGUUGUGUUAUCGCUGGCAAUACACUGAGAUUAAAAGUGUUGUACCCUUAAACUACCAUGGCAAGGGGCCAAUGAAAGUGAAGUCAUCCAGUUACCACAACCUCUUCUAAGAUCCUUUGAAAAUCUUAGCAGAUUUUUACACCUGUUACAUAAGAUGAGUACUUUGAAAGGAGUUCUGACUGUGUCCAAUGCACUCUUUUAAAUAAAUAGAUUCAGUUCACUGAAACUGACGUUCUUAAAAACAAACUGCAUGCUGGACCAAAUAGUAGAAAAAAUAUUUUAUGCUGGACCUGGUAACAGGCCAAGUAAGACAGAAAGAGCUAGCAGUCCUUUUUAACUAUGGGACACGGGAACAGAUAUGCACAUCCUGUUAGGUUUUUAGUACUGGGAGCUAACAGAUGCACUUUGCCUUUCCUUUGAGUUAAGGGAAUUCAGGCAAAAGGUCAGAUGGGAUGUUCAUCUCAGUUUGUACAAAGAAGUGUGUUACUUAGGUUAUCUGAUGUAGAAUAUGCUGUAGUACUGGAGAAUUAUGUAGUAAGGAUUGGUUUUGUACUUCAAAGUACUAUUCUAAUGAGGUAUAAAAUACACACAUCUGUAAUAAAAUGAUGAAAAGACUGGUGGCUUGGAAAUUUGGUUACUGAAUUAUUCAUUUUCUAGUGGAAGACUGAAUAUUGAAACUCUUUCACCUGCCUCCAUUGUAACUAUUUCAAAUGCUUACUGCCUUUUCUUGUUAACUAUUAAUCUGAUUUUUCUAAAAAUUUAGCGACCAAUAACUUACCUGUAUUUCCUUUAUAAAUUGGAAAGUUUCUUUUAGUUUGUAUAUAACCUAUUAAAGUUUAUGUACAGUCUUUUAUAAUAAACCAUUCUCCUAUAUAAAAUUUUGGGUACUUUUGCAGUUUGACACUGACAAAGCAUUCAAGCCAUUAUCUAUUUUCACAAUAAAGCCUAACACACCAUAUAUUAUAAA